UCAUGGGAUUUUUAUUAUUAUGCGUUGUUGCUGCAGUAUAUGCAUCACAUGGCGAAGAACAUGUUGAUUAUCAUGCCCCAGCACAUUACAACUUUGAUUACGCUGUAAAAGACCCACAUACUGGUGAUAAUAAACAUCAAUGGGAAAAACGUCAUGGUGAUCAUGUUGAAGGUGAAUACACUUUACAUGAAGCUGAUGGUACCAUUCGUGUUGUCCACUACGUUGCUGACCCACACAAAGGUUUCAAUGCUGAAGUAAAACGUAUUGGUCACGCUCAACAUCCACAACAUUACAAAACUUAUGAUGAAGGACAUCAUUAAGUUAUGUAAAUUGUUAUAAUGGCUGUGUUCUUCCAAAGUGUUCUU